AUGAUCAGUCUCGUCACACGUCGUGCCGCUCUCGCGCGGCCCCUCAUCCCGCUCCUCCGCCACUCCUCCUCCGCCACCUCCGGAAUCCUAGUCGAGGACCGGGGCCCAACCCGCCUCAUCACAUUGAACCGCCCAAACCAGCUUAACGCGCUCACGCCGGCCGACCUCGAUGCUUUUAUCCAGGCGGUCGAAGGCGCCCCGGACUCGGUACGCGCAAUCGCCGUAGCGGGUGCAGGACGGGCCUUCUGUGCGGGCAUGAACACGUCGGCCUUUGAGGGACUGGAUACAGCGGCCGCCCGCGACCUGAUCGUCAAAGUUGGGCGCGCGGUUGGUUGCCUCCGCCUCUCGCCCAAAGUCACCGCGGUGCUCGUGCACGGAUACUGCCUCGGUGCCGCGUUUGAGAUGGCCCUCGCGGCUGAUUUGCGCCUGGCUGUUCCCGGCGUUCGCGUGGGAUUGCCCGAGACAAAGGUCGGCAUUCCAAGUGUCGUGGAUGCUGCUUUGUUGAGGCAUCACGUCGGGCUGAGUUUGGCAAAGGAGAUGCUGUUGCUCGGCGAGAUUUAUCCCGUUGAGAAGCUGGGAGCGGGGUUCGUUAAUGCAUUCGCGGAGCAGGGGGACUUGGUUGCCAAGGGAGAGGAGAUGCUUGGCAAGGUCGCUGAGCUCACUCCCGUCGUUAUGGCUGCUCAGAAGGAACUCAAUGAGGCGUGGAUGAACGAGAGCCAUGUCGAUGGCAUCGCGCGAAGCAUCGACGUCUUUUCGCGCGUCUUUGCCGAUCCCAGCACACACGAGGCUGUGGAGAAGUACAACGCCAAGCGGAAGAAGUAG